AUGAAAGCUGGUGGUUUUCAGUAUACAGGAGUAGGUGACACUGCUCGAUGCGAUAUAUGUGGCCUUGAAGUGUCUCGAUGGAUUAGAGAGAUGGAUCCAUUUUAUGUUCAUCUCGAACGUAAUCCGAAUUGUUCAUUUGUUCGUUCUGUACAAUCAAAAGAUCAGUUGACACUUGAUCAGGAAGAAAAGCCGGCCAAACGACAGAAGUCACAAUUAAACACCGAGCGCUGUAAUCGACAGAACAAAGUGGUUGAGCUAGAUAUUCUUAAACAAGCGCGUCAACGAACAUUUUCGCACUGGCCACAUGAUACAGCGCUAACGAAGGAACAAAUGAUCAGUGCUGGAUUUUUCCAGUGUAAUGUUGGAGAUCGUGUUAUUUGUUUAUAUUGUAACCUUAUUUGUCAGCAAUGGGAAGGGAGUAUGGAUGAACCAGUUGAAGUCCAUAAAAAGCUAUCGCCGAUGUGUCCUUAUGUGCGAUCAAUGCUAACACAAACAGAAUCUUCUUCAGUUUUGAUUGUAAAUGAAAUAUCAACGGAUACUAAUGGUAAUCAAACAGCUGCAUUGAGUAAUACCAAUCACCUUCGAUUCGAACAACUUGUUUAUACAUCACCAUCCCAUAUUAGUUAUAGUAGUAUUCCAAGUCGACGAGCAACUUUUGAGACAUGGACCGAUCAAUCAUCACCUUGUGUUGAUGAUUUGGUUACAGCCGGUUUCUUUUAUACGGGUGUAAAAAAUAUUGUCAGAUGUUUCUAUUGUAACGGAUCAUUACAGAAUUGGGGCAAAAAUGAUAAUCCAUUAAUUGAACACAUAAGGUGGUUUCCACAUUGUGCAUAUGCGAAACAGUUAAGCGGUGACGAGCUGUACAAUAAAGUUCAAAAAACGAAAAGGAUUCGACAAGAGCAUGAAAAGACUAAAAUUUUGACAAAUCUAACGAAUGAUAAUUCAUCUGUUUCCAAUCAUCAACAAUUGCAAACAAUCGAUGAAAAACUAUUGGCACGUUUAGUUGCUGCUCGACUCGAUCUACCAAUCUCACAAAGGUUACUUGAUCAAAAUUUUAAGCUAUCAAUCAUAAAACGCUGUUGGGAAGAUCAACUUCAAUUGAAACAUGAUGAUUUUGUCAGCGAUUGUGAUCUAUUCAUCGCUUGCGUCAUUCUUCAAAAACAAAUCGAACAUAUCAAUGGAAAUAAAGAUAAGAUCAUCGUACCAAGUAUUAAAAUGAGAUUAAUUCGUGACCGAGAACAAUCUGAUAAUUUAGUCGAAAAACAGCUUGUCUCACCAUCACUUUCAACGACGUUAACAAACGAUUCAAUAAUUAAAGCAAAUGAUACAUCAGUACGAGCAUCAUCUGUAGCGGAGCCAAUGAAUAUUGACAUCGUUCAUGAACUUCCAAAAGCUGAAGAACCUAUUUCAGAAAUUAAACCAUCAGUAAACAAUCCUUGUGUUAUGUGUUGGCAAGAAGAGAAGCGUUUGGCUUGUAUACCAUGUGGUCAUUUAGCCGCUUGUGUUAACUCAAAUCGCAUUUCCACUGAUGAAGAUAAAAAAGCACUUUUUCUUUGGUCUGUUGGUGAUACAACAUAUAAUUUACUAGAAUCAUUGAUCUCAUCUCGAUCAUUAACUGGUGAAGAUACAAAGUUCAUCGAUUUAAACAAGUUGUUAGAUGCUCAUUAUGAUGCAACAAAAAAUAGUAUGACGUCCACAUAUGAUUUCUACUCAUGUUAUCAAAAAUCAGGACAAACAUUCGCCCAAUGGAAAGCUGAAUUAUGUGAUAAACUACGCCAUUGUGGAUUUACUACAUCUGCAUUAAAAGUUAAACCACAAGACCAUGCACUUCGAGAUAUGUAUGUUAUUGGAAUUAAAAGUCAAAAAAUUCGACAAGCAUUACUCUAG